AUGUGGCAGUUCGUAAGGUCACGCAUAUUAAUGCUGAUAAUCUUCAUAGGUGCAGCUCAUGGGAUAUUGAUUCUUGGUCCCAAGAUCAUUCGACCCAACCAGAACUAUACGGUUGGGAUCUGUAAUUUUAAAGCUGAUCUAAGCAACGCAAACCUGAUCGUACAGAUAAAAGGCUACUCGGGAGAUGCUAGAAACGUUCAAAAACAGACGGUUGUCGUGCAGCGGUAUACGUGCAAAAUGGUCAACUUCAAUUUGCCUGCGGAUUCAUCAGCUGGGAAUUACACAAUUUCCGUUUUAGGGCAGAAUGGCUUUAUAUUCCACAUGAGCGCUGAUUUGGUUUACCUCGGUAAAUCCAUAUCCGGUUUAAUACAGACCAAUAAGCCCGCAUUCGCGCCGGGAGAUACGGUUAAAUUUCGUGUGAUAGUGCUAGACACUGCGCUGAAACCUCCUGCACAAGUGAAAACCGUUCACAUAACAGUCCGCGAUCAUGAUGGAAAUGUGAUCCAGAACUGGCCCUCGUCAAAACUACACGCAGGAGUGUUCGAAAGUGAUCUACAACUCGCGCCAACAUCAAUGAUUGGAAAGUGGAACAUCUCGGUACAGGUAGACGGAGAAGAGCUCGUAUCGAAAACGUUCGAAGUGAAGGAAUAUGUGUUGCCCGCGUUUGAUUUAGAUGUAACGCCCUCUGUUAUUCCUUUGGAGGCGCAUCAAGGCCUGAAUCUGACGAUAGCUGCUAACUACCAUCUUCAAAAACCCGUGAAGGGGUUGGUCAAGGUAGAGAUUUUUUUGGAGAAAGACAUGCUGGACCAAGAGAAACAGUUCGAAGUGUACGGCAUAAGACAGAUCAAGCUACCGUUCGUUGAACACUUUGAGGUGCACGAAGAUCAAAAGGAUGUAUUUGUAAAGACGACCUUCAUCGAACAGCACACAAAUCGCACCGUAGUGAAAGAAUCUCAAAUCACUGUGUUCAAACAUGCUUACCGUGUGCAACUGAUCAAGGAAACCCCACCGUUUCGACCAGGGCUUCCAUUUAAAUGUGCUCUUCAAUGCCUUUACCACGAUGGAACACCUGCUAAAGGUAUUACCGGUAAGGUGGAGGUGCUGGAAAUUGGAUACGAAACAACUGCAACUAGCGACAAUAAUGGUUUGAUCAAACUGGAGUUAAACCCAAGCGACAGUGUGGAUUCGAUGUACAUUAACUUUUCUAACGAUGAUGAUGAGUUCUACUUUUACCAGCGUGUGGGCAAAGAGAAUGUCUUGACAAACGCUUACAUCAAAGUGGAAUUAAGAUCUCCCAUUAAAUUGAACCGUUUAUUGCAAUUCAUAAUUACCUGCAGUAAACCGAUGACUUUCUUCGCGUAUUUCGUAAUGUCGAAAGGCAAUAUCAUUGAUUCCGGUGCAAUAAGACCGAGUAAUCAGAACAAAUAUAUCUUUCGGUUGAAUGCCUCGGAGGAAAUGUCUCCGAAAGCGAAAUUUAUCGUCGCGACUGAGGUAAAUGGUGCAGUCGUGUAUGACUAUGUGGACAUCAAUUUCAAGGAUCGUCGUAACAAUCUUAUUGUGAGAAUAGAUAAGCAGACAGCAGAGCCGGGUCAACAAAUCGAGCUGCAGUUGUCUGGACGACCGGGAGCAUACGUGGGAUUAGCUGCACACAACAAAGGUUCGAUGUAUCGCAAUGAGGAUAAUGAUUCAUUCUGGGAUGACAUUAUGCGAAUGUAUGAUGGAUACGGCUCGAACGUUGAGAACGUGAAAGUAGAUAAGUUUCAUAGCUUGGGACUGUUCGUUAGAACGUUCUAUGACAUCAAGUUCAAUGAAGCCCACGAUAUGGCGGCACGUUAUGAGUUGCAGAUAAACGAACCGAUCCCCAAGCAGGAGUCAAAUGUAACAAGCUUUCCAGAGUCGUGGUUAUGGGAGAACGUUUCUAUUGGAAGGUCUGGAGUGCACAAGAUGAAUGCGACAGUGUCAGAUACGAUCACAUCCUGGUACUUGACAGCAUUCUCCAUUGAUCCAGAGUACGGUUUGGACAUCAUUAAAAAACCCAUCCAAUUCACAACGGUUCAGCCGUUCUACAUCGUGGACAAUCUACCGCACUCGAUCAAACGAUAUGAAGCAGUUGAGUUGCAGUUUACACUGUUCAACCUUCUUGAGGAAGAGUACAUCGCUGAUGUGACGUUGUACAAUGUGGACAAUCAGAUGGAUUUUAUUGGACAACCUCCCGAAGAGUCAAGCAACCUCAAAUCCGUCAGAGUCGCUCCAAUGGUUGACACGCCGGUUUCAUUUUUGGUAAAACCCCGAAUGCUCGGUGAGAUGGUGGUACGGGUCACGGCAAUGGCCAAGUCCACACAACUAACGGACGCGCUGGAGAAAGUAAUUCGAGUUACCCCAGAAAGUUUGGUUCAACAAAAGACGGAUUCCUGGUUCUUCUGCUUCGAUACAUUGACAAAUCAAACUUUCUUGAAGGCCGUAGAAAUGUUUCCGAACGCUGAAAAUGGUUCACAAAAGAUUGAGUUCCGACUGAAUCCCAACCUGCAUCAAGAACUUGGUCGUUUGGAUGAGCAGCUUGACCCUUCAUCUGGCGAUGGUGAAAAAAACAUGAAGAAGUUUGGCCCUAACACAGCGGUGCUCGAUUAUUUGCAUGCUAUUGGUGGGAAGGAAACGCAACUAAUCGAUGAAGCUACCGAUCUGUUGCGCAAGGGAUAUCGGAAUCAGAUGCGUUUUCGUAAGGAAGACGGUUCGUUUACUGUGUUUGUGAAUAGGAAUGGUAUUGUGCUCCUUACCGCUUUUGUCGCAAAGUCGUUGGAAACAGCGUCGAAGUACCUGAAAGAGGUUGAUACCGUUCUGUUAGAGAAGGCCUACGAUUGGCUUGCUUCGAAGCAGCUCAGUUCGGGAAGGUUCGACGAGUUCGGUUUUGUGGAAAACGAAGACAUAAAAGGUGGCCUGCAAGGCGGUGUCACUCUAACAUCUUACGUGGUGACGGCGCUGCUAGAAAACGAGAACGCCAGAAGGAAGCACGCCGUUGUGAUAGAAGAUACAAUGCGCUAUUUAAGUAAAGAGGUUGAUACUAUUGAAGAUCCUUACGAGCUGGCAAUUGUGACCUAUGCGUUGAUGUUGAAUGGUCAUCACAAGAAAGAUGCCGCACUGAACAAGCUCACCAACAUGUCUACAUUCAAGUAUGGUGGCAGUGAACAGUACUGGGAGACAGAAAACAGUGUAGAGACAACUGCUUACGCCUUACUGUCCUACGUGCUAGCGGAGAGAUAUCUGGAAGCUAUUCCGAUGAUGUACUGGUUGACGAAACAACCAUUUGUUUCUGAAGACUUCUGGAGUCCUCAGGGGCACUUUUUGACAGUAAAAGCAUUGACAAAGUUGGCGGAAAAAAUAUCUCCUUCCCGAAACAAAUACGAGGUGCAUCUGCGGUUCGAAAAUUUUACGAAACAUUUUCCCAUAAACUCGCAAAACACCGAUACCGUCUACUCUGCUGAUAUACCGGUUGGUACCAAGUCUAUGGAGAUCAACGUUGAAGGAAUCGGGUUUGGGUUGCUGGAGGUGGUCUAUCAGUAUAAUUUGAACCUUGUACAUUUCGACAACCGAUUCAAUCUAGAUGUUGAGAAACAGAAAACAACCUCCGACGACGAGCUGCAGCUGCUGGUGUGUGUUAGCUUCAUGUCGACACUAAUCCAUGUGCAAUCGAGCUUAGUAAAGAUCGAGGUGACCGUCCCCAGCGGAUUUACUUUCGAUCAAAGCCCGAUCAAUGAGCAGACUACCGUGAAAGCGAUACGGAACACCGAGGUUAGAUUUGGUGGCACAUCCGUUCUGGUGUAUUACGAAGAUAUGGAUGUGCAACGGAACUGCUUCACCGUGACGGCUUACAGGCGGGGCAAGGUAGCUGUGAAGAGUCCAGGAUAUGUGAUCGUGUACGAUUAUCACAGACCAGCUUGGAACGCCAUAAAGACGUACGAAGCGGAUUAA